UCAGCACAACCGCCAAGUUCGGGGCGUGCAGUCACUUCAGGAUACACGUUGAAAGGGAAAUGCGUGCCCAGUCCCCUUAGGUGGAGACCACCUGGCCGAUGUCCUCAGCGUGUGCACCUCCCUGCGCCCCCGUGCGGGUCACUGCUGGGGCUUCUGGCGGUGCGUGGGAGAAUGGACAAGACCUGUGAAAUGAACUACAAGGUGGUGGACAGCCCGCUGGGGGAGAUUGAGAUCUCUGCCUGUGAGCAGGGUGUGCAUGAGAUCAGGCUGCACGACAGGAAGACCCCCGACGCCGGAGCCGUGGAGGCCCCCCCUCUUCCUGAGCUGCUCGGCUGUCCAGGGGAAAUGACGGCGCCCCUGAAGCAGUGCGUGGCCUGGCUGGAUGCCUAUUUCCAUGAGCCGGCGGCCCUCAAAGACCUCCCCUUGCCUGCGAUUCACCAUCCCGUUUUCCAGCGAGAUUCGUUCACCAGACAGGUGUUGUGGAAGCUGCUGAAGGUUGUCAGACUCGGAGAAACGGUUUCUUACCGGCAAUUAGCAGCCCUGGCAGGCAGGCCCCGAGCCGCGCGGGCAGUGGGCGGAGCGAUGAGGACCAAUCCUCUUCCCAUCCUCAUCCCGUGCCACAGAGUGGUCUGCAGCAGUGGAGCCGUGGGCAACUACUCCGCAGGCCGGGCCACGAAGGAGUGGCUUCUCGCCCACGAGGGCCGCCUGACAGAGAAGCCGAGCUGUCCGGGAGGCUCCCGUGGGGGUGGCAUCCCCCACCCCCAGCCUGCUGGUGGAACGGAGGACUUGUGGGAGUAAAUACUUGAGUGACACAUAAAGGUUCUAGCACAUUGGAGGUGGUCUGUGCGGUAUUAAAAGACCUGAACGUGUCCUGGG